AUGGAAGUUGAGGAAAUAGUGAAGGAUCAAAGCGAAUUACGCUUUGAGUUGAGUCACGAGAAGUUAAAGAAAUUGGGGAAAACAAAAGGAGGGAAAGAAGUUGUCCGUAUCCUUAAUUUAAUGGAACAGUCGAGCCAAGCUCUUAUGGAGUUUCACUUCAACAAAACGCACGAAAUCAAACAGUUGCUUUGUGAGACAUACAACGCACUUAAAAUGUCAAGUGAAGAAUGUUUUGCUACGGAGAAUGUUGUAAUGAUGGUUCUGUUUGUCCGGAUCAAAAUGUUUGAAUUGGUACCGACCAUCAUUUCGUUAUUAAAGCGUGGGGAGACACCUAUUACUUUCAAAGAAAGAAUCGACAGAGAAAUCCUUCGACUUCACGAACAAAGUGAUGAAGGGUUAACUCUCUUAGUGAAAGAACUGAUGUUUGAUUUAGUCAUUCUUCGCAUCACCGUGAUGUUAUCGUUCUAUACCAGCGUCUUCGAUAUCAAUAGUUUACAUUCUUCAUUCAAAGAUGCCGAGAUAUCAAUUAACAACAUCUCCGCUACAGCUCGGGAAUACUUUGCGGAAGACCCCGAGAAGUUUCUUCUUUACACGAAGACAAUGGGGAAGUGCAAAUUCAGAAAUUUCUUGUUAAAAGCACUUGAGUUGGAGAUUCGAAGAGGUGACCUGUUAUUAGGCCCACACACUCUUCAAAUGCAAACAACAAAUUUGCCAUUCAAACAGUUGAAAGAGAAGUUCGGCGGAAGCUUUUUGGUCAUCCACGAGAUCCCAUUCACAAAAAUGAACGAAGAUACAGUCAAGUCGUUUCUCGACAAUUCAUACGGCAACCCUGCGCACCCAAUAUCAUUUAUCUAUCCCGAAGUCUUUAUGGACGAAUGUGAAUAUUGGAUCCCCUCAAUUCUGUCUUCAAUUGUGUCAGAAGACUGGAACAAUAAUAUAGUAAUAGAACAAGAAGAGGCUCAAAAACGGAGUUUUGUCGUUGUCAAAGCGAUUCGGGUCUUCUUUGUGUGGUGUGGCAAUUACCCGUGCAACACUAUCCAGACCAUCGCUUUGGAAUUUACUCGCGCGAUGGAGAACAUCUUUUAUUUAAAUGAUUUGUAA